ACUCGGAAGUGGGCAGUUUGUUGUGAGCUGUCGUGGAGGGUUUUCUUCCUGCUUGGUGUCGGCUGUAAUGUCGGGCUCCACGGCUCCGGGUCGGGCCGGUCCGGGACUCUGGUCCUUGGCGGGGCUGCUACUGCUGUUGCUUGCGGAGCUGAGGGGGCCAGUCGGUGCCGUAUCCGAACCCGGAAUAUGGACGCUAAACGUGGACAAUGAAAUUUUGAAGAAGCAAAGCUACUUCUACUUCACCAAAACGUUGUUCAACAACAGCUUCAUCCAGCUCAAAUUGAUGGCGGAGACCUGUAACUCCUCAACUCCUGUCAACCUCAACGUCUCCUGGUAUUUGAGGAACUCGCACUGCUACGAUGAGGUCUUCCCCUUGAACGCAGCAAAGGCAGAAGGUUUCUUCAGGUCGACACAGGUCGUAGUCGGAGGUGGAAGUGGGUACUACGUUUUCCAUCAGUAUCCUGUCAUCUCCUGUCAAGCAAACCUCAAACCUGACACGUUCAGCCUGGAAACCUUUGAGAAGAAAACACGACUGAAAGAGCCACUGCAACAACAGCCAGUUACAGAAAAUGUCAAAGUAACGUUAGGUGACAGGAGGAGCAGGAGGCAAGUGCAGCUUCCAAAAGCAAAGGCGGUGGCUCACUCUCACUUGGCUGCUGUGGCCGAGAGCUGGGAGGAUGGACCCUACAUGUUCAUCCUGAACAUCCGAGAGAUCAAGGACAAGAACCAGGCGGGCGCUGAUGCUGCCAACCCACCCCCGCCCUGGAGUAUACAGCUGCAGAUCAGCAUGAAGGGACCUCAUGACUACAUAUCUGCCUCUGAAUGGCCUCUGAUGGUGUUCUACAUGGUGAUGUGUAUCGUGUACGUGCUGCUCGCCGUACUGUGGCUGGCUCUGUCGGCCUGUUACUGGAGGGACCUGCUCAGGAUCCAAUUCUGGAUCGGAGGUGUCAUCUUCCUCGGCAUGUUGGAGAAAGCCGUUUACUACGCCGAGUUCCAGAGCAUCAGAUAUGACGGCUUGUCAGUCUACGGCGCUGUGGUGUUUGCAGAGGUGCUCUCAGCAGUGAAGAGGACCCUUGCCCGAGUGCUGGUGAUCAUCGCCAGUCUGGGAUAUGGCAUUGUCAAGCCCAGACUUGGUGCCCUCCUUCACAGAGUAGUUGGGGUCGGUCUGCUCUACCUGAUAUUCUCCGUCAUUGAGGGCCUCCUGCGUAUCAACACUGAUCGAGGGGACAAAAACAAGAGUACAUUUUUAUGUGACGUAGUGCUGGCCUUCACUGAUUCCUGUAUUGUCUGGUGGAUCUUCGUGAGUCUGGCUCAGACCAUGAAGCUGCUGAAGCUGAGGAGGAACGUGGUGAAGCUCUCGCUCUACAGACACUUCACCAACACGCUCAUUUUUGCAGUCAUCGCGUCGGUCAUCUUCAUCAUCUGGACGACACAGGUGUUCUGGAUGUCUAAAUGUCUGUCGGAUUGGAGGGAGCUGUGGAUAGAUGACGCAUUCUGGCGCUUCCUGUUCUCCAUCAUAUUAUUGGUCAUCAUGUUCCUAUGGCGACCGUCAGCCAAUAACCAGAGGUACGCCUUCAGUCCACUGAUAGAUGAAGAGAGUGAGGAUGAGGAAGAGACGGAGCCAAUGAUGAAUGAAGCCUUCGAGGGGAUGAAGAUGAGGGGCAUGAAAAACGAGGUCAAUGGUUCGGCCAAAGCCAACAAAGUGGACGAGGAUUUGAAGUGGGUAGAAGAGAACAUCCCAUCAUCCAUGGCCGACGUCGCGCUGCCCCCCCUGCUGGACUCUGAUGAGGAGACGAUGACGACAAACUUCGAGAUGUCCAAGAUGGAGUGAGGUGGAAGAGGAACGUAGAGAUGAAGAGUCUGUCAAACAGGCGGUGAAGUGACUUUGUAACACGCGGUGGAGUCGGAGCAACGGACUGCACAGGAGAAACAAAAAGUGAUGGACGAACAAGGGAACGCACAAAAGAACAAGUGUUAGCUUUAUGAAGACGACAUUGUCGGCGUGUGGUUGAAUCCCUGAGCGUAUGAGCUUUGUAAGCCACCGUUACACAUACACCGGGAGUCGAAUGGAUCACAGUGGCACACGGCGCUUUUUUAUGUUUUGCUUUUUUAUUGCGUGCUUGUGUUUAUCUAUCGCUCUCUUUGCCUUGUCUCAGUUUACAUGCAGAAAUGUGUUCUUCUAAUAGUGUGAGUUUGUGUCGCAGACUGAUUUUGUUCAUGUUGAGAGAGAGAGUGCGUCCUUCAGCCUGAAGAAAACUAGAAAAACAAAGUUGUAAAUCGGGAAGAGGAUGUUUGUCAUUGAUUAUGCUUUUCAUUAUUAUCCCAGUUUCAGACAUUAAAUUGUUCACGUUCAGAGAUCUAUAAA